UGUAGUGAGUAGUCAGUUUAUAGUAAGUCAAUGUUCAGUACUGUAUUAGACUGAAGAGAGUGUUAGUUAACAUGAAACCAGUAGGCAAUAUAUUUUAUGGGAGAGUAGAUGUUCUUUUUGGGCAACUGAAAUAACACCUCUGAAGAUCUAUAUAUUUUAUGUAUUGGCAUAUCUUUGUUCCUAACAGUUCAAAGAGAAAACCAGGGAUAUCGGUCUAACAGCUGAGAAACCUGAAUUGCCUCGCAUGAAUACGAGUAGAUAUUUACCACUAAGGAGAAGAUUGACUCAAGCAACUUUUUAACUCUUCACAGGAAGGUCAUGCCUUUCCAAAAGCUACCUGGUUCCAAAGGAGACACUGCACUGAGCACCAAACAACAAGAGACGAUUGUCCACACAUUUAGGCUCUAGACAACGACCACAGUCUGCCUCCUGUCGUAGAAGUAGACUCCAAAAUGGCUGCUGAGCCAGGUGGGCCACUCACUUGGGUUCUCACGUUCCCUUCGCCAGUGGAACCCGGGGCCCAGUUGAGUGUUGGAAUGGAGGAGAAUUCAUCUCCUGUCAGUGGCAUUCAGGAAAUCGUAAAGCGCUCACGGUCUCGGAAAGAUCGGAAGGGUCUCAGUAAAACUGGUGUGGCACCCCAGUGUUGGGAGGUUCGCCAACAAAUGCUUCUGCCCACACCAGAGAAUGAGGAGACUGGCAAUAAAACAUCUGGAGAGAUCCUGGAGGAUGAUAUUGAGACUUGUGUGGUCUCUUUUGAAGAUAGAGGCUCCAAAGAAGAAAGAGGGACUAAAACAGAGGUGAUUGUUGGGCCCAAUUGUGUAAUUACUAUUGAAGAAGAAGAGGUUGGCCUUGGAGAACGGGAUUCACGAAAACCCGACUCUGUGUCAAAAGAUGACAUUGAAGCCUGUGUGGUAUGUCCUCAAGAAGUCAGUGGCACCAAGAAAAAAGAAAUUCCAUCUAUGGUCAUAGAUGGAGGUAGCAUUGAGGACUUUGUGGAGUCCCUUGAGGACACUGGCCUCCCAAGAAUAGACAAGGCCACUCAGACUGAUGUUAUGGAAGAAGCCAUCUCUAAGGUCUGUAAGGUUUCCAACCAGAAAGCAAUUCACUUAAAAGAAGAGUUGAAAGGACUUGAGAAGAAUAACCAGAUUGGUGUGUCUUCUCCAGAAAAGUCAACAGACUUUAAGGGAGAAGAAAAAGAGACACAAGGGUCUUGUAAGUAUCCGGAAGUUGGAGAUAAAGGAGGUGAUGAGAAAACUGAGCCGGCCAUCUUUGAAGAAGGUGGAAUUGUCAUGGAGACGGCGCGCCAGGGCUUCCGGUGGUUCCGCUACCCAGAAGCCGAGGGUCCACGAAACACUUACGAGCAAUUGCGGGCACUUUGCCACCUUUGGUUGAAGCCAGAGAGCCGUACCAAGGAACAGAUUUUGGAGCUGCUGGUUCUGGAGCAAUUUUUGGCCAUUUUGCCUCAAGAGAUACAGACUUGGGUCUGGCAGCAGCAUCCGGAGACUUGUGCUCAAGCCGUUGACCUGGUAGAAAACUUCAUGACAGGUCUUUCUCUGCUUAAGAGACAUGGGGAAAAGGCACUGGUGACUUUUGAAGAGGUGGCUAUGUCUUUCACUGAGGAAGAGUGGAGACUCCUCAGCAAAGCCCAGAGGAAGACCUACCAGGAGGUCAUGCUUGAGAAUUACGAGAAUGUCAAGUCACUAGGUUUUCCAGUUCUCAAGCCAGACCUGAUUGUCAAAAUGGAGAGCGGCAGGGAUCAGGACCUGUAUUUACAAGAACCCAAGAAUUUUCCAGAAGGGACACCCUUGGGAGUCAUAGGAGAUGCUGUGCUCUCGAGUGAGUCCAAAUGUGAGGAGGUGGCAACCUGGAAGGAAGAGGAAUCUACUGACAGAUUGGCCUCUAUAGUGGGACCCCCAAGCCCGCUCAAAGGCUGGGAGGCCACGGUCCAAAGUAGCCCUCCCAGCAAGCAGGAGACCAAAACCCGCUGGCUUCGAGCUGGGCCACGCUUUGCCUGUCCUGACUGUGACAAGACCUUCCCCUGGCAAUCAGCCUUGACUCGGCAUCAGCUCUCACACUCCGGGGAGAAACCUUACCCCUGCCCAGAAUGCCCCAAGAGGUUUGAUCGGCACUCCAGUUUGGUCCGGCAUCAGCAAGUCCAUACUGGGGAGGCCUCUCGCAAGUGCCUGGAAUGUGGGAAGAUAUUCUGCGACCGCUACAAACUGGCCCGCCACCAGAAGAUCCACGCCAAGAAGCAGCCUUACCGUUGCGAGAUCUGUGGCCGUGGCUUCUGCCUCAGCUCCAGCCUGCAGCAGCACCGGAGGGUGCAUUCGGGUGAGCGCCCCCAUGAGUGCCCCGAAUGCGGACGGUUCUUCAGUCGCCGCUCCAACCUCAACCAGCACCUCCGGGUUCACCAACAUCAAAAAGAGAGAAGGCAGGACACAGGGCUCCAUUCGGGUGACUCUGAGUUUGGGCCAGGCUCUGAUCUGUGUGAAGAAGAGUGGGAAUACGAGUGGAUUGCAGACACUCAGGAAGGGGAACUGGUGCCUGAGUUCCCCAUGGAAAGUGGCAAGGAAGAGAUGGCUGAGCCACCUUUGGAAAAUGGCAAGCCAAUUUCAGAGCACCAUGCCCUGAAUCAGGAAGACAAGGAGAUCCUGGAGCUCUGUGUUGGGGAUUAUGAGCACAGGUGGACUAAGGAAAUCCAUGAGCAUGGUGAUAUCAUGGCACUCCAUGCUCGGAACCAUGAACACCAAGACAAUCUGGAUCUCAGUGCUGGGAAUCCUGAGAAUGAAGAGAUAGUGGAGUUUCAUAUUGGGGAUGGUGAUGAACAGGGCUGGAAUGAGAAGUUGGACGCUAAGGAUGAUAGCUGCUUCUUGGUUAGCGACAGAGGACUGCUCCACUCCGACAGUCAGGAGAGUUGCCCCAGUCCAAGUCCCUCAUCUGAUCAAACACUUGUGCCAGGAACUGAGAUCCCACAGAGCUCAGAUUGCCAACGAACAUUUCCCCACAUCUCCAGCCUCAACCAACUCCAGCUAAUCCAUGCGACUGAGCGCCUCUAUUCGUGCAAGGAGUGCUCCUGCUCUUUCCCCCAGUCAAGCCUGCUCUUUCAGCACCAGCUCACCCAUGCCCCUGGAAGGCGCCACCCGUGCCCUGACUGCCCCCAAAGUUUCACCCAACGCUCCAAAUUACUGCACCAUCAGCGCAUCCACACAAGGGAGCGGUCUUUCCAAUGCAUUGACUGUGGAAAAAGCUUCAGGGACAGUUCAGUUCUCCUCCGACACCAGCGCAUGUACCACAAUCCCCUGUCUUCGGGAUAUGCGCCUGUGGCAGAACAGAGUUCUUUCCUCCACCCAAAGUUCUCGAAGACCUUCGAGCGGGCCCCUAUGGCUUCAGGUACACUGUUUGAAGAUCUGGUUCCAGAUUUCUCCUGCCCAAUUUGCCUGCAAUGGUUCUUGGAGCCAGUUGCCCUCCCUUGUGGGCACCUCUACUGCCAGGCCUGCAUUGAGACUGCUUGGGGAGCCCAUAGCAGCAAACACGUCUGCCCCCAAUGUCGGGAGGAGUUUCUGGAGAAGAGAUACACCCCUUGCAAGCUCUUGGAGACUUUGAUCCACCGAAUCAGGAGAAUGAAUCCCAAGGAGACUGAGGAAGGCCGACGCAGCAGUGCUAAUGGCAGGGAAUGUGCACUGGAGCAGAAUCAUGCCAGGCUCCCUGUCCACGAGGCAACCGAGUGGUGUAAGGGGGAGCUGGGUUUGGCAGUGUCUCAGAUGGAAUCUAACUUGGCCAAACUUCUUGUACUUAAGAGAGAGGAAGAAGAAAAGCUCCAAAACCAUCAGGCAGUUAUGCUGAGCCUGGAUGACCACAUCUCCACUGAAUUCAGGCAGCUCCACCACUUCCUCAAUGUCCAGGAGAAAGUGUGCAAGUCAAGGUUGGCAGAGGAAGGAGGUGCCCUGCUCCAAGAGACAAAGGAGAGGCUGAGGCUGUUGCGGGAGGCUUGCCGCAGUUGUCAGGAGCUGCUGUUGGAAGCCCAGGAUCAUCUGGAACUACAAGACUCUUCAGAUUUCCUAACAGGCAUACACUCUCUCCUAAACAGGGUGAAGCAGCAGCAAACCACUCCAGCGUUUCCUGUUGUGUCACCGACAUUAAAGGUCCUUGGAUCAUCCAAAGGACCUUUGCAAUAUGUUGCCUGGAAGGAAAUGAAAUCUGCUCUCAAUAUAGAUUUCCCCCUGAUAACCUUGGAUCCUGAAACAGCUCAUCCUUGUCUCGUCCUUUCGGAGGAUUGCACCUCUGUCCGCGACGGCCAUGUGCGCCGGGAUAUCCCUGACACUCCUCUGCGGUUCAACUACUGUGUAGCAGUCUUGGGUUGCAGAGGUUUCUGCUCUGGAAAACAUUACUGGGAGGUGGAAGUUGGCAACAAGCCCUCUUGGACUUUAGGCCUGGUCAGCAUCUCCAUCAACCGCAAGGGGAAAAUCUCUGCCUCCCCCAGCAAUGGAUUCUGGGUGAUCCGGUUUAGGAAUGGGGUAGAGUUAAUGGCAAAGGACACUCCACCUCAAAGGCUGUGCUUCAGCUCCUUUCCCAAAAGAGUUGGUGUUUAUCUGGACUAUGUCGAAAAGGCUCCUGCUGCUGCCUUCCAGAUGCCAGGAACAAAGGAGAAAGCAUGUGACUCUAAAGUUUUGGAGGAAGAGGAGACACCGGGAGUCACAUGUGCAAGUGAUGGUGAAAUGGCAGAGCACUUGAAGGAACAGGAGGAGGAAGAAGAGGAGGAAAUGGAGGCCUUAUAUAUCGAACCCCAAAACCAUCUUGGGAAAGUGGGCUUGCCAUCAGCCACUGCAGCACCUCCACUCCGUGGGAAGGGAGAGCGUCCGUAUCCCUGCAGCGAGUGUGGAAAGGCCUUCAGUCAGUGGUCCAAGCUGGUGCGCCACAGGCGUAUCCACACAGGGGAGCGGCCCAACACCUGCACUGACUGCGGCAAGUCUUUUACACAGAGCUCCCACCUGGUCCAGCACCGGCGGACCCAUACAGGGGAGAAGCCCUACGUCUGUGGUGACUGUGGCAAGGCCUUUUCCUGGAGCUCCAACUUGGCUCAGCACCAGCGCACUCAUACGGGGGAGAAGCCCUACGUCUGCCGGGAGUGCGGCAAGGCCUUCUCCCAGAGCACCAACCUCAUCAAGCACCAGCGUAGCCACACCGGCGAGAAGCCCUACCGCUGCCCAGAGUGCCCCAAAAGCUUCUACCGUUCCUCUGACCUCAUCCAGCACCAGAUCACUCACACAGGCGAGCGCCCUUUCAAGUGCGAUGAGUGCGGGAAGGGCUUCACCCAGAGCGCUAACUUGGUCAAGCACCAGAAGAUCCAUGCUGGGGAGAAGCCCUUCCGGUGCAACGAUUGUGGCAAGACCUUCAUCCAAAGCUCUGAGCUCAUCCAGCACCAGCGCACCCACUCAGGAGAGAAGCCCUAUCAGUGCCAGGAGUGUGGCAAACGCUUUGGUCAUGGGGCCACCCUAGUCAAGCACCAGCGGCUCCACAUGGGGGUGGAGCCUUACCGCUGCGACGACUGUGGCAAGACCUUUGGACUCAGCUCGGCCCUGGAGCGCCACCGGAGGUGCCACAGCGAGAGUCGCCCGUACGCUUGCACUGAGUGUGGUCAAAGCUUCUCUUUGGCCUCCAACCUCACCCUCCAUUCCCGCAUCCACCGGGGUGAGAAGCCCUACCGAUGCGCCGACUGUGGCAAGUGCUUUGGCAUGAGCUCCACCCUCAUCCGCCACCAGCGCAUCCACACGGGCGAGAAGCCAUAUGCAUGCCUUGACUGUGGCAAGGCCUUUGUCCGCAGCUCGCACCUCACCCAGCACCGCCGGACGCACACCGGAGAGCGGCCAUACCACUGUGAGGAAUGUGGCCGCCGCUUCUCCCAGAGCUCCAACCUCAUUACCCACCAGCGCAUCCACAUGGAGGAACGACCUCACGUCUGCCAUGGCUGCGGGCAGCGGUUUGCGCAGGAGGAGGAACUGAAGUGCCACCAGAAGGAGGAGAAGGGAAAGUGCAGCAUGGACAGGGGAGACUCUAAAGAGCUAGCAGGUGACACAUGUGGGAAGAGUGGCAAGGAUGACCAUGCGGUGGCACUUUGUCGGGAGGGCAGUGUGUUCAGUUCUGUAUGUGGGUUGGACUGCAAAGAUGCUGCUGAACUGGAGCAGCAUCAAGAGAGCCAUGCAUCCCACUUGUGUAACCUUUGUGGGAAGAACUUUCAAGACCGCGCAGGUUUAGUGCACCAUCGAGAAAGUCAUACAUCUUAUAUCUGUACCGAAUGUGGGAGAACCUUUAGUGAUGCACACGCCUUGGUCUGCCAUCAAGAGACUCACGAAUCAUGGAUUUGUGGCAUAUGUGGGCAGAACUGCAAGGAUAGGUUGGCUUUGGUGCACCAUGAAGAGACCCAUUCCCUGCCCAUCCGUGGGGCAAUUGGAGGGCGUUUAGUCAAGAGCAAGGUCCAUACAUUGCACAACAAGAGAGGGGGGUGCUUUAAGGAGAAUCCAAAGCUUACGUUUGACCAGAAAUCUGUGGACCUUACACAAAGCAAGUCCCAGGAAAGCGUUGCAGCUGGAGCUUUCCUGGUGCAGCAUCAGGAAACACAAGAAGCUUGGACUUGUCUGGAAUGUGGAGAGAACUGCCAGGAUAACUUGGCACUGGUGGAUCACUACCGGAGCCAUGGGAGAUCUCACUCAUGUUCCAAAUGCCGUCUGUCUUUCAGUAAACACACAACUCUGUGCCACCACCAACUCAGCCAUUUGAAGGGAAAGUUGUACAAAUGCUCUGGGUGUGAUCAGAGCUUUGGGGACAUCCUGGAUUUCACUCAACACCAGAAAGAACACACUGGCAAGGAAGUACACCAGCGUGCCAAGUGCAGGCAAGCCCUUGUGGACACCACAACCCCUAAGCUCCAAAGAAACAGCCACAAAGGGGAGAAAGCAGAUGAAUGUCUUGAACCUGAACACUCUUUUAACACUGACUCAGAUUUUGCCUUGAGCCAGAAGAAUCACACAGGGAAAUUAAGCCCAGGAAUCUUGCCCAGUGAUGAACCCUCCACUGAAAAUUCACUUCCUAGUUCUCAUCAGAUCAAUUCACUGGAAGGCCAGCCAUUUCAGAGUCACUCAAGUUUUACUACACACAAAGGAAUCCCCCCAGAAGACAAAGAGUCUUCAGGUGGACCUCAUGAGGACAGCUUUGUUCUUACAUCCCAACAGGGAGCUCACCAGGGGGACAAGGAAGAAAUCUCCCCUGCCACUCCCCCACCUAAAAGAUCCCCUGCUCCGGUUUCCACUGAAAUGGCUGCCCUCUUCCAGCAUCCCAGCCCCAAGCCCUACAAGUGUCACAACUGCGAGUGGAGCUUUGUGGAUGCCGCUGGCUUGUCUCAACAUCAAAUCGACCACACGAAGGAAGGGCUGCUGAAAGGUCCUGAGUGUGGGAAAGACUUCCCAGAAAGGCUGGCUUUGAUCUGCCCCCAGACAGAACACGCGGCAGAGAAAGCCAAGGCCAAUCAGCCGGCCCUGCCGACAAAAAGCAAUUGCAGCAAGGAGAGGGACCAGGGGAGUUCUCUGGAAUUUGGGGAGAGUUUCACAGAGAUCUCAGCCAUCCUUUUGCAGAGGGGGGAACACACUUACAAAAGGGGCAGUAGGCAGCAGCUGAAGAAACAUAGGCCAGGCUCAGGAGAUGCGCUGGAGCCCUACUUCCACCUUGGUUUGGACAAAAAAUCCAGCACGGGUGGCGGGUUGUCUCAGCGCCAUGUACAGCAGGACAAAGGGAAAUACUUUGCAUUUUCUGAUCCUACAAAGAUCUCUAGGAAUAGCUCAAUAUUGUUACAGCAUCUCCAGAACCACACGGCAGAGAAACAGUGACACCCAGAAAAUGUGGAAUAUGUGUCAGUUCCGGAGAGGUAGUGGGUUUGGCCCAUGACUUUUUCCUCUUCCCCCGCUGCUCAGGGUGUGUUAAGUUUGGGGGCAGAUAGAUGGAGCUUUUAGGCCUGCCAAGUCUGGAGAUAUAGAGGAGAUAUUGACAGACAUUGUCGUUAGAUUGGGGAGUGCAGAUGGACAGAUUGAAGCAGAAUGUGUAGCAAACAGUGCAGAAUGAGAAACCCUUGCUCUCUUUACCAGCAAAACAUAGUGUAUGCCACUCUGUCCAGGAUAACCUUUUGUUUUUUUUUCUGAUUUCUUCCCACAUUUUCUUCCUCUCCUGGCCCAAAACAUCCCUUAAGGUACUGUGUGAAUCUCUUGUAUUGUAAAAUGAAGAGGAGGUAUGCUUGUACAGGAUAUGAUUUAUAUUACACUGAGGUGGGCUAGUGUACUUGUAUUUGAAAAGACAUAUGAGAAGAAGGGGAAGCUUCCGAAAUCUCUCUCCCUUCAGUCACUGCAUGUUAGAACAUUUUCCAUGAACGGUAUCCACCCUGGGCAUAUUUUUAGAAGGAUGAAAUGGCUGCUUUUGCCACUUUUCUGUGUCUGGGAGAUAGAAAAUGAAUGUGAAUGGAUAGAUCUACUUGGCAAUUUUAAAACAGUUUUCUAAGCCUCCAAACACUCAAAUAUAUUUCUGACCUCCUCUCUUUUACUCUUUCUUUGGUUCUAAUUAGAUUUUUUUUAAAUGUAUUCCCUAUCCUAGUACAGGUUGAGCAGCCCUUAUCUGGAAAUCUGAAAUGCUCCAAAGUCGAAAACUUCUUGCCUGUUGCCUUUGAGUGGCGGUUCCCUCUUGUUGGUACACAAAGUAGAAGCGGGACUGGUGGGCUUUCCAGAAAUCUCCUAUAUACAGUAGCAUUGUGUAUAUAUUUUUUUCUUGAAUAUAAGGUCCCUUAUAUCCUCGGUCUCUCAGAUCUUCAUUCUUUACCUAGCCUUGUGUCUCCUACACAACACAAGUAGCAAAUGAAUGAGACUGAGGCCAGAGAGAGAUGUAAGGAUUUGUAAAAUGCCGAAGGCUUUCACAGCCAGAAUCACUGAGAUGUGUGGUUUUAAGGCUGGAAACCACAAACCACCAUACAGCCCAGAAACCACACAACACUCCAGAUCUGAAAUGAUGGGAGGCAUGGAUUUAUGCCAGGCACUAUACUUGGAUUCCCACCAUUUUAACAAAUAUUCCAAAAUUCAGGGGAAAAAAUCUGAAAUCCAAAAAACACUUCCGAGGUUCCAAGAAUUUCAGAUAAGGGAUGCUCAACAUGUAUAGUUUUAUUUAAAGAGCCAUUCAUUACCAACAUCUACCUCACCUCUCCAAACUGGGUCAUGUCAGGCACUUUUUACACAAAAUAAUCCUGACAGAAAGCAACACAGCCUGUUUCCCAGUGGAACUUCAUGGCAUAGUCUUCAUAAUAGGUUCUUAACUUGUCAUGUGAAAAAGAUUUUCUACAUCUUAAAAAUUAUCUUUGUAGUUGUGAAUCUUUCUUCACCCCCAACCUCCAAUUUGAGUUGGGGGGGGGGGAGGAUAUCUGUGUUGCUGUUCCAGCUUUGUAGUCAAACUUCUUUUCAGUGUUAGUAUCUACCUCAUUCUCUUUGUCUGGAUUGUUUCUCUAUCAUGGGAAACACUCACACAUACAUACACAUAUAAUAAAUCAGUACAGGUUGAGUAUCCCUUAUCCUAAAUGCUUGGGAUUGGAAGUGCUUUAUAUUUUGGAUCCCUCCCAAUUUUGGAACACUUGCAUAUGCAUAAUGCGAUAUCUCAGAGAUGGGAUUCAUGUCUAAACACAACGUUCAUUGAUUUUUAAUUUAUAACUUACGUGACUUGACGGAGAACAGAAGAGAAGGUUGAGAAGAGACAUGAUGGCCAUGUUUGAAUAUUUGAAAGGAUGUCAUGAGGAAGAAGGAACAGGCUUGUUUUCUGCUGCCCUGGAGACUAGUAUUCUGAGCAAUGGGUUCAAAUUAUAGAAAAGGCGAUUCCACCUGAACAUGAAGAACUUCCUGAUUGUAAGAGCUGUUCAAGUGUGGAACUCAUUGACUCGGAGUCUAGUGGAAGCUCCUUUGUGGGCUUUUAAACACACUAGAUGGCCACCUCUCAGGGAUUCUUUGAUUGUGCUUUUCCUACAUGGCCCAUGUGGUCUCUUCCAACUCUACGAUUCUAUGACUCAUAAGAAGUACAUAUAAAAUUCACAAGGGAAUCGCCGAGAAGUGGGAAUCCCUGGCUCUUGAAUGUUCUAACUGGAAGUCAGCUGUUACCAACAGUGCUAUGGAUUUUGAAGAGGCACAAAUACAGGGCAAAGGGGAGAAACAUGCCGAGAAGAAGGUGCCUUAAGCAAACCCUUGUUGGGACCACUAUCCACUUGGAAACCUAUGUCCUCAUUGUGAAAGACAAUGUGGAUCCAGAAUAUGUCCCUACAGGCACUUAUGGACUUACUGCCAAGACUACCUUUGGAAGGCAAUCCUACUUGGCCAUGAAAGAUCAUCUAUAGCAGGCAUGGACAAACUUGGGCCCUCCAAGUGUUUUGGACUUCAACUUUCACAAUUCCUAACAGCCAGUAGGCUGUUAGGAAUUGUGGGAGUUGAAGUCCAAAACACCUGGAGGGCCCAAGUUUGCUCAUGCCGAUCUACAGCAUAGUAGGACACAUUAUAGCCUGAAGGCAAUGUUAUACACAAUAUGUUAAAUAUAGUGUCCAUAAAACAAAGUUUGGACACAUCAAUCCAUUAGAAAGCAAAGGUCCCACUAUCUCAGCAACACACAUGAACGAUUCUGGGGAAUAUUUUGGAUAAAGGUUUUCAACCUGUACUUCUCUUUUGUAUUUUUUUCACUGUUCUUCCUUCCUUUCAACCUUGUUACACUAAUAUUAUUUUUAGGGCUGGGUUUCUGCCCUUUUAUAUAAAAACCAUGUGAUCCUAUGCAUCUUUACUCAGAGGUCAGCCCCAUUGUGUUGGAAGGGGAUUACUCCUAAGUAUUUGAACAUAGCAUUGCUGCCUUAAGCGCUUGUCUUUGGUAACUCAGGGCUAACCUCUUAUUUCCUUGGUGUGUCCCCCAUCCGACCUUCUGCGAGAAGAACAAAAGGAAAAUUUCUCCUGUAGAAUCCAAAAUAUUACUGUGUAGGAUCUCUCCAUACAUUUGUGUCUGUGUUUUUCCCCUCCCAGGGGUCAAAUUUAUAGUGGUAGUAAAUAAAGAAAUUACCUCGGAUAAUGUCUGCUCGAUGGUUUGAUUCUGCAUUUCCCCCUGUAAUUCUAGGAAUGUAUACAAACGGAGACUAAUAAGAAAGCAAAACUGGUUUAUGCAAA